GCCGGGCGCGCCAUGAAGCCGGCGCGGCUGCUGCUGCUGCUGAGCGGGUGCGCGCUGCUGCUGGCGCCGGCCGUGCGCGGCUGCGGGCCGGGCAGGGUGGUGGGCAGCCGCCGCCGCCCGCCCCGCAAGCUCAUCCCGCUCGCCUACAAGCAGUUCAGCCCCAACGUCCCCGAGAAGACGCUGGGGGCUAGCGGCCGCUACGAGGGCAAGAUCGCGCGUAACUCGGAGCGCUUCAAGGAGCUGACGCCCAACUACAACCCCGACAUCAUCUUCAAGGACGAGGAGAACACUGGCGCCGACCGGCUCAUGACCCAGCGCUGCAAGGACCGCUUGAACUCCCUGGCCAUCUCUGUCAUGAAUCAGUGGCCAGGGGUGAAGCUGAGGGUGACGGAGGGCUGGGAUGAGGAUGGGCACCACUCAGAAGAGUCCCUGCAUUAUGAGGGCCGAGCUGUGGACAUCACAACCUCGGACAGGGACCGCAACAAGUAUGGCAUGCUGGCUCGCCUGGCUGUGGAGGCUGGCUUCGACUGGGUCUACUACGAGUCCAAGGCACACAUCCACUGCUCUGUCAAGUCAGAGCACUCAGCCGCUGCGAAGACGGGCGGCUGCUUCCCCGGGCGGGCGCUGGCAACGCUGGAGGACGGUGCCCAGACGCCGCUGUGGGCGCUGCGUCCGGGCCAGCGCGUGCUGGCGAUGGACGGGGCAGGCAGGCCCACCUACAGUGACUUCUUGGCUUUCCUGGACAAGGAGCCCCGUGCCCUCACCACCUUCCACGUCAUCGAGACGCGGGAGCCGCCCCGGCGCCUGGUCCUGACACCUACCCACCUGCUCUUUGCGGCAGAGAACGCCUCGGCGCCCGCCGCCCGCUUCCGUCCCAUCUUUGCCAGCCUCGUGCAGCCGGGACAUUUCGUGCUGGUGGUGGCUGGGGAGGGCAACUUGCAGCCUGCCGAGGUGGUGCGGGUGUGGGAGCGGCAGGACGUGGGAGCCUACGCCCCGCUGACGCGCCACGGGACGCUGGUGGUGGACGGCGUGGUGGCCUCGUGCUUUGCGCUGGUGCAGGAGCAGCAGCUGGCACAGCUGGCCUUCUGGCCACUCCGGCUCUACCACAGCCUGGUGGGGUGGCCAGGAGUGCAGGGGGAUGGUGUGCACUGGUACUCAGGGCUGCUCUACCGCCUGGGCAGGCUGCUCCUGCCCCCUGACAGCUUCCACCCAGUGGGGUUGUCCCAGGCGGAGAGCUGAGGGUGCAGCUCAGCCCCAGCCAGCACAGCUGGUGGAGGUGGUGGCUGCAGGGUGACUCGCUGGGGGCCAGCACCCCCUCCCAAAGCUGGGUGCCCAUGGGGAGCUGCCUCCAGCCCUGCCUGCUUGGGGUACAGCCACCUCCUGGUUGGGAGCACCGAAGCUCCAUGGUGUGCCUCCUCCAUGUUCACCACCCCCUCCUCAUCCCCUGCUCCUGGGGACAGGAGGGAGGCAUGAAGGGUUUUCUCCCGGGACAGGGGGUUGCCCCCGGCUGGAUCCACAUGCUGCUAUGUGUGUGUGUGUGUGCAAUGUGUGUGUGUGCUGAAUUAGCUGAUGGAGGUCUGAGAGAUGAGCGGGAGGUGGAAGAGGAGAGAGCCCUGGCUGCUCCACCGGGGCUCCCAGCCUGUCUGCACCCAGUGGGGAGGUUUUGGGGGAGAAGCCCAGAGCCCUUUGCUAGGCAGCCUGGGUGGGAAGGCAGGCAAUGCUAUUUCCACCUCUGGGACAUGCAGCUGGGAGGAGAGUGACCCAGGUACUGGGACUGUGCCUUGUCCUUAGCCCAGGUGCAGGGAGCACCCAAAACAAGCAGGGGUGGGAGGUCUAGCACAGCUCUGGCAUGAGACCUCUGACUUGGUGACACAAGGGCCAGUGUAGUGAUAGACUGGGGAGUGAGGUGCUGACCUCUGCCCAAAGCCAGCACCACAGCCACCCAGCUGGGCAUCCUGUGGGGCUGCUCUGGCUGGCAAGAGGGGCUGUGGAGGCAGACGCAUGGGCAGAAGGGUGCAAAUGCCAGCCAGGCAUAGACACACUGGUAGGAUCAAAGGCAGAGGCAGAAAACCUUCCCAGCACCUGGAUUUGAACUGGCUCAGCCCAAAAGCCUUUUUCCAUCACAAGGCUAAAAACGCUCCUCAAGCUUCAGACCUUGGCUGGCAUGACCUCCCCUAACCCCCAGUACUCCAAACCCUCAGGAUAAUUCGUUGCUGCUCACCCACUCCUGGGACCUGGGAAGAGUCCCAUCAGAGCUGCAGCCACAGUUCCCCCACUCCAAAUCCUAGCUAGAUAAGUGGAGGGGAGGGGGCUGAGGGAGGCUGUGACCCAUGUCCCCCUGUAGCAUCACGCGUCUUUAUUUAUUUAUCUGCUCUUUGUAUGUACCACAGAUGGGAGGCAGUGUGGGCGCGUGCAGGGUGAAAGAAGUGCAGGGUGGGGGUGGGAAAUCGUUUGGUUGGGGGGCUGAUUUUUUUUUUUUUAACAAAAAGCAGAAAUUAUUUAAAGAUUAUUUUAAAGCACAGCUUUUAUGGUGAUUGUUGUCCAGGAUGAAGUGAGGGAGCGUGAGCGUGGCUGAUGGCAGGUGUAUUUUUGUCUCUUCACUGGAUGUACCUCUCCUGGUUGGGGACACAGCCCAAUAAAUCCAUUGUCUCCCUGGCA